UGGUGCCAAGUUCCCUCCUCCUUUAAUGAGAGAGAGAGAGAGUUGUGUCAGAAGCUCCGAGCAUCAGUGAAGAUGAAAAAAUAUCUUCCCUAAUAUAUUAAAUCAUUGCACAUUUUCGAAGUUAAUAACAACGACGACCUUGACUCUACCCCUUCAAAGACUCUAUCUUUCUAUCCUGCUUCCAGUGUACCUGUUCAUUUAGAAGCAACCAACUCACUGCUGCAUACAUUCUUUAUGGAAUAGGUUUCCACUGGGUUUUGAGGCUGAAUCGUUAGCUUGACGGGUGAGGUUUUUGACAGGGUACAACUUUGACAAGGUAGCGAUGGACAAAGAUUUCGAAACAUGGCUAGACGAAACAAUGGUAUUGUUGGGUGCCAUACAAGAAAAUGAUUGUCAGCCACACAGCAUUGCCAUUGUUCCGGAGGAACUUGGGAAAUGGAGCAAGAAAGAGUACGAGCCAAAGGUGGUGUCGAUCGGGCCCCGGUUCAAGGGAAGAAAGAAACUUCUACCAAUGGAAGAGAUCAAGUUGCGUUGCAUGCUGCACCUUUCUAAGAGAACAGGAAGAGAUUCUCUCGAGGAAAAGCUAAAAAGCUGUAUGAGAUUCAUCUUUAGGUUAGACGCAGCUGUUCGCACUAGCUAUGGGGAUCAAAUCGAUUUGGACAGCUACGGUCUAGCCACCAUUAUGUUACACGACGCUUGCUUUCUCUUAGAGCUUUUCAUUUCUCAAUCAGUGGAAUGGAAUUCAAAGCUACAACCCCACAAUGACACACUCCCUCCUAGCCCCGCAGCUCAACUCGGGAAUAUCGAACUCAUCUUGAGCGAUCUCACCUUAUUAGAAAACCAGAUACCCUUUUUUGUUCUCUUUCACGUCUUCGCUAUAUUUUUUCCCCAUCUCGUUCCUAACGACAACCCGUUUCUCUGGAAGAUUUACCUUAGUAUUACACAAGAUUUGGCGCUGUCUCUUUUUGGCUACUCUCGUGAUUCAAGUUCUACCUCUAUUCCCGAUCCCAUUGAUGCCUCUCACAUUCUUCAACUUAUUCACUCCUUCAUUCUCAAUCCCCAAAGCCACCAUGGUUCAUGUGUUAUUGAUAUUGAAGUUAAUGUUAAUAAACAAAUAGAACCCAAAUUUUGUGCCACUAGGCUCUUAGCCGCCGCUGGGGUUACUAUAGUCAAAACUGAAGACAAUUCUAUUAUUCCAAAAUUCAGCAGCAGGAAUGGGGUGCUAGAAGUUCCUCCCUUGCAUAUCACUCAAACCAUGGAAGCAACGUGGCGAAAUUUUAUUGCUUGGGAGCUUCACACUACCAGGUGGAAAAAAAGUGUUGGAAGAGAUUUGUUCACUGUUCGGGCGUUGCUCUACAAUGAUUUGAUAUGCUGUGCAAGCGACGUUCAACUGCUUAAAAACAAGGGAAUCAUCGUAGAUGAGUUGGGUAUGAGUAAUCACCAUCUCAUGGAUCUUCUUCGUUCCAUCACAAAUGGAGUUGACCGUGCUCUUGUUGAUUCAACUUACUGGAACAUGAUUCAUGCCCUCAAUACCUAUAAUGCAACAAAUUGUGUCAUAGGCUUUCCCAUAAUUGUGUGGCAUUAUUUGAGCCGAUUUUCAGAAUGGCUUUACGGUCUGAACAAGUUUUUAAGGCGCGGUUACAACUUUGCUGCUGCGUUGAUAACUCUUCUCACUGCCAUCCAGACUUGUUAUGCAAUACUCAGCUAUCAUUAUCCAAAGAAGAAUUAGUUUUUCUUUAUCCAAUUUAUGUUAUUUAAAUGAUUUUCCAUUGCUUUCAGAAUAUUUACUUGCAUUGUAUUAAUUUCUACAAGGCAAACUUACCUUCUUUGUUUGAGUUUU